UCAGCGUCGCUCCAGAAGGUGCUCAGCAUCAGAACAGCGGCUGCCAGCUGAUCAAUCCUCCGGAGCGGCGGAGGCGUCGGGCGCAGCGAUGAGCAGCAGCAGCCACCCCCUGCGGCCGCGGAGCUCCGUGUCGGAGAUCGAUCACGUGCAGCUGCUGGCGGAGCAGCUCGGCUCGCUGCUGGCGGGACUGCAGUACAGUGACGUCACCUUCCUGGUGGAGCACAAGCGCUUUCCCGCGCAUCGCGUCAUUCUGGCGGCAAGAUGCCAGUACUUCAGGGCUCUUCUGUACGGAGGAAUGAAGGAGUCGCAGCCGCAGGCCGAGGUGCAUUUGGAGGACACCCGUGCCGAAGCCUUCGGGAUGCUGCUGCAGUAUCUGUACACGGGCCGGGCCAGUCUCAGCGCCGCACGUGAGGAGGUUCUGCUGGACUUCCUGGGCCUCGCCAACCGCUACGGCCUGCAGCUGCUGGAGGACUCCACGUCUGAGUUCCUGCGCACGGUGCUGAGCACACAGAACGUGUGUCUGGUGUUCGACGUGGCCAGCCUGUACUCCCUGAGCGCCCUCGCCGCCGCCUGCUGCUCCUACAUGGACCGACACGCUCCGGACGUCCUGCUGUCAGACGGCUUCAUGAUGCUGUCGAAGGCGGCUCUGCUGAUGGUCGUUCGGCGGGACUCUUUUGCGGCCAGCGAGCGGGAGAUUUUCCAGGCUCUGGCCCGCUGGUGUCUGCAGAAUGGCGAUGGGACAGACACACAGGAAGUGAUGUCAGCGGUGCGUCUGCCGCUCAUGAAGCUGACCGAGAUGCUGAACGUGGUGCGUCCGUCGGGUCUGGUUAGUCCCGAUGAUCUUCUGGAUGCCAUCAAGACGCGCUCGGAGAGCCGAGACAUGGACCUGAACUACCGCGGCAUGCUGGUUCCUGAGGAGAACAUCGCCACGAUGAAGUACGGCGCUCAGGUGGUCAAAGGCGAGCUGAAAUCGGCGUUACUCGACGGAGACACGCAGAACUACGAUCUGGACCACGGCUUCUCCAGACACCCCAUAGAGGAGGAGGGACGCGCUGGGCUCCAGGUCAAACUCGGCCAGGCCUUCAUCAUCAACCACAUCCGCAUCCUCCUGUGGGACCGGGACAGCCGCUCAUACUCCUACUACAUCGAGGUGUCUGUGGAUGAGCUGGACUGGGUUCGAGUGGUGGAUCACUCCAAGUUCCUGUGCCGCUCCUGGCAGAACCUCUACUUCUCUCCUCGGGUCUGCAGGUACGUGAGGAUUGUAGGAACACACAACACCGUCAAUAAAGUCUUCCAUCUGGUGGCUUUCGAGUGCAUGUUCACCAGCCGUCCUUUCACUCUGGAGAAGGGGCUUGUGGUGCCCAGUGAAAACGUGGCCACCGUCUCGGCGUGUGCGAGUGUGAUCGAGGGAGUGAGUCGCAGCAGAAACGCCCUCCUGAACGGAGACGCGCGCAGCUACGACUGGGACUCGGGCUACACCUGUCAUCAGCUGGGCUCCGGAAACAUCGUCAUCCAGCUGGCACAGCCCUACAUCAUCAGCUCCCUCAGGCUGUUGCUGUGGGACUGUGAUGAGCGCUCGUACAGUUACUACAUCGAGGUGUCCACCAACCAGCAGCAGUGGACCAAAGUGCUGGACCGGACCAAAGUGGCCUGCCGAUCCUGGCAGGUGCUCAGCUUUGACAAGCAUGCGGCGGCGUUCGUUCGGAUCGUGGGAACUCACAACACUGCCAAUGAGGUCUUUCACUGUGUGCACUUCGAGUGUCCCGCGCAGCUGAACUCUGAGGGCAGCCCAGGACCCGCUCCGUCCCAUCAGACGAGUCCGAGUCACGGGUGAUGCUCCUCAGGAGGUCCUGCUGACUGCAGAUCACACACUCUUCAUCACCAUCAUCACACCUUCACAUUCUGAAUAACCCCAUUUGCUUCAUUUGCAUUGCCCAGGUUGUAAUGGUUGAUUCUGUUGUUUUAUGUGUUAUUUAUUAGAUUGUUUGCUUAUUGUAAAUGUCAGUUGAUCUGAAGCAUAUUUAUUCAAAUAAGAACUUUUCUCUUGUAAUAUAUUCAGUUUUGGCGAUGGCGUUGCACUAUAGCAUUGGUAGUGGACUGAAACACUUAUUUUUAAUUAGAGUUUCAGUUAGAUCCAUCCAAACUAUUAUUAAUCAUCGUAUCUGAUCCCAACUGAAUCCAAGUAUACGUGAUAUUUUACUCCGCUCAGUGUUGUACUUCUAGCCCUUUUUAUGUAUGGUGGCAAACACACUAGAAAUAAUAGUUUGAUGCUGAGCUGUCUGAACGUCACUGGUCUUCCAGAAUCUGUGUGUGUGGUCUGGGCUCUGAUGUUGCUCGGGACACACAAACACGGUUUGUAAGUCUGUAAAUAGGCUCGCUCAUUUUGAAGCUGUGCGUCUUUCUCUGGUUUUGUAUCUGCUGAACUCAAAGUGUUGGUUUCCUAAUGUGCUCGCUAAUGAUUUACAAUAUUUUGAGUUUAGCAAGUGGCUGGCAACCCCCUGUACUGUGUUGAUCAGUCUACACUGAGUCAGACUUUAGGGCAGAUUCACCAAGACUGGACUUGCACCUGAUUCAAGCGCUGUUUCUUCCAUGAGCUCAGUUCGCUGAAGGAAUCCUGUAGAUCACGCAACAGCAUAAACCCCCAGAAAAUCUGCACUAAUAGCAGUUUGCAGCAGCCGAAUAACUACUUCUCUUACAAAUUUUGAGAAAUCUGGACUUUUAGCACACAAGCCACAGAAUGAAAAGAAAUAAAAUAAGUAAUUGUGACUUUAUCUCAGAGUUCACACUUUUUUACUUGCCAUUCUAGGUUUAUGUGUCUCAAUUCUACAUUUUUUUUUUCUCUUUCAGUUAGGAGGAAAAAGUCGGAACUGUGAGAUGGUAACUUGCAAAUGAUCAAUGUAGCUGAACUUGCAAUUCUGAGAAGAUAGAAUUUUGAGUCAGAAUUGUGAGAGAAAAAAUUGCAAUUAC